AUUGAGAUAUGGCAAACUUGGAAAAUGGCCAUUCGGAAUGCAACCGAUGGUGCAAUCGAACUUGUGGAGACUCCGCACAAGAGAACGGAGAUCAGAAGCGGAGAUCGGGAAUUGAUCUCCGUUUCCAGAUGGUUCAGCUGGGGGGCGCAAGGGAAUUUUGGUACUCGUACUACUACACCCGUCCUUGACGAAGCAUUGGAGCAUGAGCAGCGCAGUAGCGGGACCAUCGAAAAGGUUCUGCGCGCAUUGCUUGAAGGCAUCAUGGGCCUGUCGAGUGGCACAGAAUGCCGCUAGGAGAGCGUCCAUAGGCUCGACAUUGCAUCGAGCGAGCAGCGUGAUCUCGAACAUAGACAGAUAUCGGAUGUUCUCCACCUCUCAGGUCUUGGAAGCCAAGAAGCCCAAGUUGGAAGUUGCCAAGAUUGAUAUGGAGCAGUUUCCACCGGAGCGGAUACGGAACUUUUCGAUUAUUGCUCAUAUCGACCAUGGCAAGUCGACUCUAGCCGAUCGACUGCUCCAGAUGACGAAUACUUUACCGUCCGACUCGUCUCCUCAGUUUCUCGAUAAGCUGAAAGUCGAACGGGAGCGAGGAAUCACAGUCAAGGCUCAAACAGUGUCCAUCAUACAUACCCACACGGAUGGACAAAAGUAUUUGAUCAAUCUCAUUGACACUCCUGGUCAUGUCGACUUCAGCUAUGAAGUGUCUCGCAGUCUCGGCGCUUGUGAAGGAGGUCUCUUAUUGGUGGACUCGAGUCAAGGCAUACAAGCCCAGACUCUAUCCGUCUUUUACGUCGCCCUAGAAGCAGAUCUCACCAUUCUCGGAGUCAUCAACAAGAUAGAUCUGCCUCAUGCGGAUGCAGAAACGGUCUCUGAGACCAUGGAGACCACUCUGGGGAUAGAUAAAGCCGGUCACAUGCGGAUCAGCGCGAAAAGCGGUCUGGGAGUGGAUCAGGUCCUCAAUCAAGUAAUUGAAGGACUGCCUCCACCCCGAAAGCGAGAAGAGAACGACGGAAAGCUCAGAGGAUUGGUAUUUGAUACAUACUAUGACCACUUUCGAGGUGUCGUUGCUCUCAUACGAAUCAUGUCUGGCUCUGUUCGAGUUGGUGACAGGAUCAGGUUCCUCCAAGCCGACCGCAAAUACGAAGUCGCGGAAAUUGGGAUAAACAAUCCUGACGAGACGCCUGUGAAUGUCUUGCAGGAAGGUCAGGUCGGAUACCUGAUCUGCAGCAUGAAGAAUUCUGAAGAGGCACACAUAGGAGAUACUAUCUGCCACGAGUCGGCUUUGGUGGAGCCCUUACCUGGAUUCAAGCCUACAAAGUCGAUGGUCUUCGCUGGUGUUUUCCCGACAGACACGGCGGACUUUGACAAACUGGAAGAAGCGAUAGAGCGCUUGACACUCAACGAUCGAAGUGUCACCAUCGCCAAAGAAACCUCAGCAGCUCUGAUGCAAGGCUUUAGACUUGGUUUUCUAGGCACGCUCCACAUGGAUGUAUUCAAACAGCGACUCGAGGAUGAGUACUCCUCCGAGGUCAUCAUUACCGCACCUACUGUACCGUAUCGAGUAACGAAAGGAGGAGUCAGCAAGACCAUCUCGAAUCCUUGCGAAUUUCCCGAGCACACUGCCGGAUAUAUCGUCGAAGAGCCUAUGGUGCAUUCGACUAUCAUCGUCCCGACCGAUUACCUCGGGCCAUUGAUGGAUCUAUGCUCCAAGUACCGAUCUCGUCAACUCGAAUACAAGAUUCUCGAAACAAACCGUGCUAUUCUGCGUUACGCCUUUCCCCUCUCAGAAAUAGUGACAGACUUUUUCUCAGCUUUGAAGAGCACCAGUUCGGGAUUCGCUUCAUUCGAUUACGAGGAAGCCGGGUACGAGGAGAGCGACAUGAUCAAGGUGAACAUUUUGCUCAACGGACAUGCGGUGGACGCCUUGUCGAUGAUUGUUCACCAGUCGGCGGCUCAGCAUACCGGAAAAGAAUGGUGCACCAAGAUGAAGGAGGUCAUUCCGAGACAACAAUUCGAGCUGGCAAUUCAGGCAUCAGCAGGUGGUAAAAUCAUUGCCAGGGAGACAGUGAAAGCGGUUCGCAAAGAUGUCACAUCAGGAUUGUACGGAGGUCACUAUGAGCGUAAGAAGAAACAUCUCGUCAAGCAGAAAGAAGGCAAAAAGCGACUGAAACGAUUAGCUGGGAACAUCGAAGUCCCACAGUCUGCCUUCUUCUCGGUCUUAUCACGAUCUUACGCUACGACUGUGCCUACUCCAGGAUUGAGUCUGCGCGAUCAUCUUGCUCGGCAGUUGGGGAAGGAAGUCGUUGGGAACGAGGCACCAUCAUUGCAAUUACCCAAGAGUAUACCCCGCAUCCAACUGCCGGAAUUGACAGAUCGACCUUUAUCUUUACCCGUCGUUUCACCCUAUUUGCGAGCCACGCACCUCUCGAGUCUCUAUUCUCAGCUUAGUCCGAGUGCUCGUCCCCAACCUGGUCAGUUGAUGGAUACAUUCUCAACUCUUCAAGACUUUUCGUCCGAUACCCCUGUACUUACACACGACGAGAUCCUUGAAGUCAUGCAGAAGCUGUCCCAAUCCAUGAAACGCGAAGGGACGCCGACAUACGAGGCGAGGCAGAUGAUGAGGGUUGCUACGAGGGCACUGGAACGACUACAAGGCCAGAACGCUGUCGGUGAUCUCCUCAACAUCUCCACGGGUGUAGCGAUCUUUAAGCGCCCGCCACUCAAGGCAAUCAACCAGCUUGAACGGCAUCUGGAGAGAAUCAAGGACUCUCAAUCACCGGCGUUUCGAGAUGCUGUCCGCCUCUUGCUCAGGCUUUGCGCAAAACGACCCGAUGCAGAGCGAUUCCAGAAGUGGUGGUACAAGGCUCAAGACACCGGUCUAGAUGUCCAACUCUAUGGAUCUCGAUUGAUACUUCUUCAAAGCAUGGGAUCGACCCAGCGUAUCGAGGAACUUUUCGUACAAGGAAUGGAAGAUCUCCAAAACGUUGAGCGAAGCGGUAUCGAAUUCGCCAACAAAGCUCUCGGUGUUGCCACAGAAGACGGUAAUUGGCCAUUUGCCGCAAAGGUCUACCACCUUUUGACGGGACAACGUAUCGCGGAUGUCGACGAGACUUUCUCCCUGAAAGGUGUCAGAUCUAAGGGCGACCGGGUCACCUAUUCCACGAUGCUUGACGGACUCUGUCAUCAUGGUCUCCUCUCCGAGGCGUAUCAAGUGCUGCUGGAUAUGGACAAAGCGAAUCAUACCCCAUUUAUCACUGAAUACUCGUCCCUUUUUGUCGGCUUCUCACGCUACGGUGAGAUCAAAGAUCCAAAUCAUUCAACAGAGUCCCGGACGGCAUACAGUCUCUUUCCUCCUUUCGAGAUAUUUGAUGAUGGAUCAAGCAAGAAGAAGUCUAAUCGUAGGGAGCGGAAGCAACCAAGACGUUGGAACGGCGAGGCGUACGAGUCUGAUUGGAGCCGAUCUGCCCUGGACGAUGUGUUUGCGUCAUUGAUGGCCCUCAGACCCGGUAUGCGACGAGUGGAGGAUCUGGACAACCAAUCCCUCCGGCUCGAUCCGUAUCGCGCGCCGAAACCUCAGACUGCCAUCAAUGUUCUUCUGGCUUACGCUCGAGUGACUGGUUGCGACGUUCAAGUCUUGAACCAAGUCUGGGACAAGAUGGAUACUAAAUUUUCAGCUGGUGAAUGGACGGAAUGGAGAGUAUCGCAUGGUUCAAAAGACAGGUCUAUAUCGGGACCUACUCGGCACUUGAGCCAAGCGGGCGGUCAGCAUGACGAUCAAGAAGCGAACAAACACGGCGAUUGGGUAUUCUGGAAGACGAAUCAGCGAUUGACGCGUUUGGUUUUGGGUCUCAAGGGCAUAUUGGCUGGCGAGGACGUGUCGGAUCAGUCAUCAAAGAGGGAGACUAAGACAUCCCAACAUCGUCAACCGAAACAUCUUGGAAACACAGGGUUCUUUUCGAAUCUCAUCUCAGAGCACAUCAAUUUGCAUCGUUGAUCAAAAGGAUCGCAUUACUCAAUCGCAUACGUCUUGCAUGCAUCGCAUUUUAGUU